AUGGGUGCAGGAGCUUCGACGCCGCGGCCUGACGAUGGCGAGGUGACGCCGCGCUCUGGAGGCGACCUCGCCUUGUUCACCUUGAUCCAGCAGGAGUACGAUCAAAUGGCGAGCGGGGACCUGGGCAACGAAGUCAUCUUUGAGCGGAUGAAGCAGAUCUGCACGACAGCAUACGCCCCCAGAGACCCCAACGCGCCCAAGUCGACACCCAACGGCCGCGGACUCUAUCGUCGUGCGUCUGAUCCGCAUCGUAAGAAGCGCGAAGUCGUGUACUCGAAAGGCCUGGAUGUAACGAGGGACGUCAUGCCUAAGCGGCAGUCAGAAUCGAAGACACCAGAGUGUGCUGCUAUGCUCAAGAAUGCGCUGCAGUGUGUUCUGUUCACGGACUCGAGUGACGAAGAGAUGGACCGCCUCCUUUUCCUCAUGAAGAGAAUCAAGGUCGACGCGGAGCAGAAUGUGAUCAAGCAAGGUGACCUCGGCGACCAGUUCUACGUCGUGCAAUCGGGUUCACUUGAGGUGAUCGUGAACGGGUCGGUGCUCGGUCGGCUGUCUAGCGGAGACCACUUCGGCGAGCUCGCUCUCAUCUACGACGCCCCUCGAGCUGCGACUGUGCGUGCGGCGACGAACUCAAUCUUGUGGACUUUGGAUCGUGACGAAUUCCGUAUGAUGCAAGCCCGGUCAUCCAGCGAUUCACUCGUCAAGCGUGCAAAAUGGUUGCGGCAAGUCGAGAUUCUGGCGAGUCUCUCCGAAAGACAACUGGCCUUGCUGGCAGGAGUCAUGAAAGCUUCAACCUUCUCGGACAAUGAGAUGAUCAUUAAGCAAGGUGACGUGGGUGACACGUUUUUCAUUGUUGAGGAGGGCACCGUGUCCUGUCAGAUGGAAGGCCCUCGCGGCUUCAAGAACUCCGAUGGGUAUCACGACAGGACUGAGCUUGCCACGCUCUCAUCCUCUGAUUACUUUGGAGAAAUGGCUCUGCUCAGCGAUAUGCCACGCAACGCUAGCAUCUAUGCCAAAGGAAGCGUGAAGUGCCUCAGUAUGGGGCGCCAGGAUUUCGACUCAAUGCUUGGUCCCCUCACCGACGUACUUGACCGCAACAGCCGUAUCCGGAUUCUGCGUACGAUUCCAGCGUUCGCCACCAAGUCCCAAGAGGCCCUGGACUACGCUGUCUCACAGCUUGAGAUCAAAGCUUUCCAGGACUCGCAGUGCAUCUACCGACAGGGUGAUACGGCGGUGGCAUUUUACAUCGUCAAAUCCGGGUGUGUCAAGCUUAUCAAAAAGCGGCAGGAUGGCGACAACAACCUUGUGACCGAAGAGUUCUUGCUCAAGGCGAACGACACGUUCGGUGGUGAAGUCUUCGAACAGGCUGGCAAAUACACCUCGACAGUCAUUUCAGCCGGUCGCUCACAGUGCCAGCGACUCAAAGUGUCGUCUCUUACUCGAUCAGGUUCCCGCCAGUUCACACAGCGCGUGAAUAUGGCAGAGCAAGGUCGCAUGAAGAGCUGCACUCUCACCCUGGAUGACAUUCAAGUGGCGGGCGUGCUUGGCGAAGGCUCGUUCGGUAAAGUUGUGAUGGUCCACGCUCUAGUGGACGGCGAACAAGAGCAACCCAUGGCGCUCAAAAUUAUGGCGAAAUCUCACAUCAUCGAAUCAGACCAACAGGUUCAAGUGAUGCGUGAGAAGCAAGUCCUGAUGACCCUUCCGAAGCACCCUUUCAUCGUCGACUUGUACGCCACGUACCAAGACGCAAAUAGUUUGUACAUGCUCAUGGAGUUGGUGCAGGGCGGCGAGCUCUUCACGCUUCUUCACAACGAGGAAUUCAUCGAGACUGUUGACGAGUCUUCCGUCCGGUUCUACUCGGCCAACGCGGUACUCGGACUGCAGCACAUGCACCGCUUCGACUACGCCUACCGAGAUCUCAAGCCGGAGAACUUGCUGAUCAGCCGCGAGGGGUAUCUGAAGUUCGUCGACUUCGGCUUCGCAAAGAAAAUCCCGUUCACCGUCGUCAACAGUGACGGUAUCGAAGAGCUCCACUCCCGCACAUUCACGCUUUGCGGCACGCUUGAAUACCUCGCCCCCGAAUUUGUGCUGAACACUGGCCAUGACCUCGCCGUCGAUUACUGGGCACUUGGUAUCCUGAUCUACGAGAUGCUGGUCGGAUACACACCGUUUGGCACUGGAGAUGGCGACACCACUCAACUCUUCCGCAACAUCGCUAUGAUUCGCACUGGUGCCAACUCGGUCGACUUCCCGUUCCACUUACAGGAGAACUGCCCACACGCGUGCGACCUGGUGCGUCGUCUUCUUCAGGGAGAUCCUACCAAACGUAUUGGCGUCGGCAUCAACGGUGACCAAGAACUUCGUCAGCACCCGUGGUUCAGCAAGAUUGAAUGGGACAAGCUGUACGCCAUGAAGUUGGAGCCGCCUUAUCUACCGCCACUCAACGGCAAGUACGACAUCUCGCUCUUUGAAGGAGAAAUCGGCAACCGGGCUAAGGACAGACCUUUCGACGGCCAGGGAGACGAGUACUUCGUCGGCUUCUAA